AAAUAUUAUAAUCAGCUAGGACAUAUUGUAAGAUACAAGCAAAAAAGAAAAGAAUACAAAAAGUGUGAACACCAGAUUAAUGAUUCACUUAGACUAGCCUAUAUACAUUUUCGAAAAUGUUUUAAAAUAACAUUAAUACAAAAAAGAAAAUAUUUUAAAAAUAAAUAUGAAGAUAGUGAUAAUGAUAUAUCUAUAAGUACACCAACUUCAACAUCUAGUGAUUAUAUUUCAAGAGUUGAACAAGAAUCUCUUGAAUUAGCAUUUGCUAAAUCAACAAAACCAGUAUUCAAACUUCCUAAUAGGAAAAAACUUUCUAAAAUAUUACUAGAUAAUUUAUUUGAUGAAACUAAGCUUAGUGCUAAAACUCUAAUAAUUAAAG